GAGAAUGAGAAGACUAAGACCAGUACCGUCAAAAAGGGAAACGGCAAGAGGAAACAAGGAAACAGCGUCAUACAGAGCCCAACAGUGUCGGAGCAGCUCGACUUCUUUAUCCACCAAUACCAAUCUGCCAACCGCGUUCAGCUUUCUUCUCUCGAACUCGAAUCCUUCAAAGAUACUUGCAUGGUUGAGCUCCUCCGAGAUGAAACUAACAACACUAGAACUCUUGGAGAGAUUAUGAAGGUUGCUUUUGGACCUUCAUGCAAUUCUCUUCUCUGUAAAAAUACACUUGAAGCUGGGAAAGUUAACCCUGGCCAUCCAGCACUUCUUGUGAUUAGCUCUUCUGCUAUAAGAUCCCUGGAACUUCUGAGGGAGUUGAGACCAUUUACUAGGGAAUGCCCUGCUGCAAAGCUUUUCUCUAAGCACAUGAAGAUUGAAGAGCAGGUGUCCGUUCUGAAGAACCGUGUUAAUAUUGCUAGUGGUACACCUAGCAGGAUCAAGAAAUUGAUUGAUAUGGAGGCACUAGGCUUGUCGCGGUUAUCUGUCCUUGUGCUGGAUAUGCAAAUGGAUGUCAAGGGCUAUUCACUGCUAACACUUCCUCAAGUCAGAGAUGAGAUGUGGGAUUUGUACAAGAGCUAUUUUCAUGAGAAAGUACUGGAGGGUACCCUGCGUAUGUGCCUCUAUGGACCAUUACCAAAGAUAUCCGAGGCCAGAAAGGUUAUUGAUGAGUGAUGAGUAUGACCAACUUCAGACUCUUUACAUCAAUGAAGAAAUGCUAUCUAUGGAGUAUUCCUUCUCUAUCUUUCCAGGAUAGAUAAUUGUGGAUUUAAUGGGUUAAGAUGCUUUACCACAUUCAUACCAGUUAAAGUUUUAUGUGUUCAUAUAUUGUCCUGUGGAAUCAUCUCUGUCCCAGACAAUAGAGAUUAGACUGAUCAUUUGUAAUUGUAAAACAAAUCAAAGGCUUUUUUAACUUUAUCAUGCAGAGAGAUGUCAACUACUUGAUGCUUUUGACUCACAACAUAUCAUUUCUCUACUCAAUAAUAAAAAAUAAAUUCAGCACAACUUGAAA